AUGGCUCUCCUCCCCCUCCUCUCCCUGCUGCCACUCCUGGCUUCCGCGCAAACGCCUCUCACCGUAGUGAAAUACUCCUCCACACCAAACGGCUUCACCACGCCGCCGAGGGGCUUCAACUCCUUCGGUCUGCAGGUCAAUACCGGAGCGCAACCCAACUUCUCAUUCAAUCAAUCCUCUAUCCUAACGCAAGCCCGCGCGCUCGUGGCCAACUCACCUGCAUCCCUCCUCGCGGAUGGGGAUUACUACAUCUCUCUCGACUCCGGGUGGAGCGUCGGGUGUAAUGGCGACCAGUACGGCAGGAUCAUCGACGAUACGAGCAAGUUUGAUAUUUCGGAUCUGGCGCCGGAGUUGCAUUCGAUGGGGCUGAAGUUGGGGGUUUAUGUUGUUCCUGGGUCUUUUCAUGACGAUGGGGAUAAGACGAUCGAGGGGACGAGUAUUGCGAUUAGGGAUACGUGGGAUGGGCAUGAUAAUGGGUUGUGUCGGAUGGAUUUUGAUGAUGCGAAGGAUGGGGUGCAGCAGUGGCAUGAUUCGGUCGUGGGGUUGUUUGCGGAUUGGGGCGUCGAUCUGAUCAAGUUCGACUACGUUACUCCUGGCUCUCCGUCUCCUGGCAGUGCGACUCUGCAACCGAACACCUCUGGCUCGGUCAUCGCGUUUCAUAAAGCGAUCGAGAAAGUGGGUAGACCGAUUCGUCUGGAUAUCUCUUGGAAGUUGGAGAGAAACGACUCGUUCUUCGAUAUCUGGGAGGCUAAUGCGGAUUCGAUGAGGCUGGAUCAGGAUCUCAAUGCUCAGGGAGGGAAUAAGCUGGUCGAGUGGGCUGUGGUACAACGAGCGAUCGAGAACUACCGCCAAUUCAUCAGCACUGUUAUCGACGACAACCACCUACCAUUGACCAUCCAUCCGGACAUGGACAACGCGUUCAUUGGCAACCCGGAGAGCGUAACCGGCGUAUCUGAUGCAGAAAGAACGACGAUCGCAACCCACUGGAUCGCCGCGGGCGCGAACCUGCUCUCUGGAUCCGAUUUCACCAACCUUGAUGACUUGGGCAAGAAGUUAUUGACGUUACCAGAGGCGUGGGUCGACGUGGCCAACUUCACCGCCCAGUAUCCCAUGCAGCCCCGGAACCCGGGUACUGGAAAGAACUCGCCUCAGCAACUGCAGGUUUGGAUUGCCGGACCCGAUGGAUCAGGCGAUGCGGCGGUGGUGCUGGCGAACUAUGGGCCGGACCAAGGACAGGGCAAUUUCAACACUAGCCUGGAGGGUACGCAGAACGUGACUGCCACCUGGGCUGACCUUGGUCUCUCCGGCUCGUAUCAGGUGCGCAACGUGUGGGAGUCUGUAGAUUUGGGGACGUUGGACAGCCAGAUCAGCGCGCAGCUUGGUGAGGGUGAGAGCCAGCUUUUGAGAUUCCAGCGCGCCUCUUAG